CUGGCUCUGGCUGGGCUCUGCUUUAGAUGACAGCUGUCUGUCACGCCUGGGUUGGAGACCCAUCCUCUUGUACCUGCAUUGUUCACUGGCCUGCUUACCACAGUGGGGUGUCCAUGAAAUGCAGGCUCCUGAGGGGCCCUGUCUCCUUUGCUCCUGCUGUUCCAGAUUUUGAAUGGCCUCUUUUUAAGACUGACUCUCUUCUUGAGGACCCCAAACUCUAACCCCCCUCCCCCAUAUACAGAUUCACUUGGUGGCAACAAAGCUCUCAUAGGUCCCUUGGGAACUCUGAAAUUGUGGGUGGGUGAAGUCCAGGGAGGAGGAAAGGGCGAAUGCACCCCGUCCAGCGCCCUUUCCUCCUGGCUCAGCCUGCCCUGCACAGGGUUCUCAGCACCUCCACACCCCCUCACAGCACAGACCCCACAUGAAUCUGGCCUCAUCACGCCCGCAGGCUGUAGCUCUUCCAUGACGCUCUGGAUUUAGCAACAGAACGGGGAGAGAGAUGCCCAGGGAGAGGAGGUGCUGGAAAGGAAAGCUUACCCAAAAAAAGAGGUGUUUUUGCUGUUAUUAGUUAGGAAACUGGAAGAGGUGAGUCAGCUGGGGUUGGGUGUGGUGGGGAUGAGGGGGUGGGAGUAAAAAUGAGGGUUUUGUAUUUGAGGCUGGAAUUUGGGCAGGUGUUCAUGCGGACAGAAAUAGGGAGUGAGAAGAAUAGAAACGGAGAGAGUGACUGAGGAACUGAGAGAGGGGGAUCUAGGGCGAAGCAGCAUCUGGCCCAACAGUGGAUGGAAGGAGGCCCAGGUCAGAGCGCAUCUCCUCAGGGAUAGCGAGGGACAAGCCAGGUCCCUCGCGGUCACGGCUCUUGUAGUCAGACUUGUGGACCAAUAGUUAGAACCCUGUGCGAUGGAGCUAUUGCCAAGGAGCAAAACACUGCCCUGGGUCUCACAGGACAUACUGGGGGAAGUGACGCCUUAAUUGAGGUGGAAGCAAAGCCCGAAUCCGGCUGGCUGUUGAAGGCUGGACCAUAUAACGCCGGCAACAGAGACGUUUUGUCAGAUACUGUUCCCCGAGGGCGCAGAGUCUGCGGCCCCUUUAAGAAAGGGCGGGGGCGGCAGCUGGCGGAAGUGCCUAAGGAAGGGUGGGGUCACGAGAAGAGCGGAAGCCGGAAGUCAAAGCCAGAAUUGCGCGUGGUGGUGAUGGCGGCUGACGGGGCUGUGGAGCCCGGGCCCCCGGCGGCUGUUGCCGCCCCCUCGUCAGCCCCGGCCCGGGCUCCUGCCUCGGGGCGCUUAUUCCGGCCCAUCAGCGCCGAGGACGAGGAGCAGCAGCCCACCGAGAUCGAGUCGCUAUGCAUGAACUGUUUCCGCAACGGCAUGACGCGCCUCUUGCUCACCAAGAUCCCCUUCUUCAGAGAAAUAAUCGUGAGCUCCUUUUCCUGCGAGCACUGUGGCUGGGACAACACGGAGAUCCAGUCGGCAGGCAGGAUCCAGGACCAGGGAGUGCGCUACACUUUGACCGUCAGGACCCCGGAGGACAUGAACAGAGAAGUAGUGAAGACUGACUCUGCCACCACAAGGAUCCCAGAGUUGGAUUUUGAAAUUCCUGCCUUCAGUCAGAAGGGAGCUCUGACCACUGUUGAAGGCUUGAUCAGCCGUGCUGUCUCUGGCCUGGAGCAGGAUCAGCCCACACGAAGGGCAAAUGAAGACGCUAUAGCGGAAAGAAUUGAUGAGUUCAUUGUCAAACUGAAAGAGCUAAAGCAAGUGGCCUCUCCUUUCACUCUGAUCAUUGAUGAUCCCUCAGGGAACAGCUUUGUGGAAAACCCACAUGCUCCCCGGAAAGAUGAUGCCCUGGUGAUCACACACUAUAACCGGACUCUGCAGCAGGAAGAGAUGCUGGGGCUCCAGGCAGAGGCACCAGAAGAGAAGCCAGAAGAAGAAGAUCUCAGAAAUGAAGUGCUACAGUUCAACACAAACUGCCCGGAAUGCAAUGCUCCGGCUCAGACCAACAUGAAGCUAGUUCAAAUCCCCCACUUUAAGGAGGUUAUCAUCAUGGCUACCAACUGCGAGAACUGCGGCCAUCGGACCAACGAGGUGAAAUCUGGAGGAGCAGUAGAGCCCUUGGGCACCAGGAUCACCCUCCACAUCACAGAUCCCUCAGAUAUGACCAGAGACCUGCUCAAGUCUGAGACGUGUAGUGUGGAAAUCCCAGAGCUGGAGUUUGAACUGGGAAUGGCUGUCCUUGGUGGCAAGUUCACCACACUGGAAGGGCUGCUGAAAGACAUCCGGGAACUGGUGACCAAGAACCCUUUCACACUGGGUGACAGUUCUAAUCCUGGCCACACGGAGAAACUGCAGGAGUUUAGCCAGAAGUUGGACCAGAUCCUUGAGGGUAGCCUGAAGGUCCACUUUAUUAUGAACGAUCCAGCAGGAAACAGCUACUUGCAGAACGUGUAUGCACCUGAAGAUGAUCCUGAGAUGAAAGUGGAGCGUUAUAAGCGCACAUUUGACCAAAACGAGGAGCUGGGGCUCAAUGACAUGAAGACGGAGGGCUAUGAGACAGGCCUGGCCCCACAGCGGUAGCAGUGGGUGGUUCCCGGCCAGCCUCCAGCACCGCUCUGACCGCAGGGUUAUUUAUUACUAUUGGAAAAGGCUGGGAGCAUCCUCCCCACCAGGCCUCGCCCUUGUGGGGAGGGUACCUGGUCUGAGUCAGAGAUCUAGGUACACUUUGUAAACAGUUUGUGAUGCCAGUGCAAGCUUGUUGGGUUAUUUGACCUUAUUUUGGAGGUUUCUGAAUCGGUUUGGGAAGAAAGCCGGAAAAUGAACCAUGGGGCAUGUCAUCAUCACUUUGUUCCUGUCAUGUCUUUACCCUCUCUCCACACAGUGCUGUCUCCUCUAGGGUUGCAACUCUAAAGGUGAACAAGGUGGAACAGAGCUACAGCUGGAGUUGGGGAGUUGGUGUUGGGUAUAUAAAGUAUGGACUUUGAGCAGGAAAUGAGUUCUGAGGGGGGAGUCCAGCACAGGUGAAGAAGUUCUCAUUAAAACCAUGGCUUCCAAACA